AUGCGAGAGAUGGAAAAGAAGACGCCUGAAAGGCUUAGUUGUGUCUUUAAACUAGCUUACGGAUGUGCACUCUUGGGCAGGUGUCUUUAUACCCCUGCAUAUGCCUCCUCUCUUCUGCCCAUUGUCUACUCGGAGCGGUUUUGUUUAAUGCCCAGCAUGGCAGAGAACAGGGGUAAUCCAGGCUUCAGUAGCCAGUCUUACUCCCCUUCAUCAAGCCGAGGAUACCCGAGUGUACCCCCGACCAACCCAAACCUGCUAAACCCACUGGAGAGUAAAGUUGAUACUCAGGACGCUCAAGCCAAGACUAAGGAGAAAGAUCAGAUGGUCGGACUAAACGACAAGUUUGUUGCGCUAAUUGACAAGGUUAGUCAUUUGGAGGAGGAGAAUAAGGCUUUGGAAACCCAUCUGAACAUUCUGCUAGAGCAUGAUAAAUACAAGGACAACAUUGACGACCUUGUAAAAGAAAAUGCUGCAGAACUAAAGCGACAAAUUGAUGGGCUUGCUUUGGACAAAAAAAAAUUAGAGACUGACCUGGUCAAGUGCAAAGAGGAGUUAAAAAACACCACAACAAUGUACAAAGAUGAGGUGGACAAGAAGACUAAUCUGGAAAAUGAAUUUGUCAUCAACAAGAGGGAUCUAGAUGAUGGCUUUCUCCAGAAGGUGUUGCUUGAGCUUGAACUGGAAGACAUUAUAGCUAAGCUGGACUUCUUAAAAAAUGGAUAUGAUGAAGAGAUAAAAGAAUUGGAGUCUAUGAUCCACAAUGAGACUGUGGUGUUGAAGCCUGACAACUCUCGAAAUCUAGAUGUGGAUGAGAUCCUGCAGGAAGUGAAGGCUAAGUAUGAAGAAAUGGCCAAGCGUAGCCGAGAAGAAGCCGAGCAGUGGAACAAGAGAAGGAUGAAUGACAUGGUGCUAAAGGCAGGAAAGCAUGAACAGGAAGUGAAAGACAUCAAAAGGGAGAUCACUGUGAUCCAGAGAAGCCUUCAGAAACAAAUCACAGGGCUUGGUGCACUAAAGAAGAAGAAAAGGAAUUUGGAGGAUGAAAUAGGUGCCUCAGAGCUGGAAAACCAGAGGGCCUUGAAUAAUGCUCAAGAUCACAUUUCCAAGUUAGAGGAAGCACUCUGCAGGGACAAACAGCUAAUGGUUAGACAGGUUCGAGAGUACCAGGAGCUUAUGAACCUCAAGUUGGCUCUGGACAUUGAGAUUGCUACAUACAAGAAACUUCUGGAAGGAGAGGAGAUGAGAAUGGCUGACCAUCAGCGAAAUCAGUCUGACAUCAAGGCUUCAAAGAUCCAGCCAAGUCUCGAACCUGCACAAGAAAACCUGAAGGUCCUGCUUAUCAAAAUUGAGGUUAAGGAAGGCCGCAUCAUCUCCGAAAGUACAGAGGUUCUUGAAGGACUUAUUUAUUAAAACACAGCUCUAACAUAUGAUCUAACUUAGGUCUAACAUUUAACU